AUGGAGGCAAGCAUUCAACAACAGGGUCAUACCAAGAAGAGAGAAUGGCAAACAAUCUCAGUCCCAUUCCUCUGGGAAGAGAGACCUGGAAAUCCAAAGAAAGAAUGGGCAUCCAAAGGUCCAGCACCAUUUUACACAGUACCCUCACAGCCAAAGCUUGUGGUUUCAGUCCCUUUCCAAUGGGAACAGGAGCCUGGAAAACCACUUCUUCACUUGCACCAAUCUAGCCAUGAAACCUCUUCCAUUAUUGCAAACCUUUCUUACAAUCCUUUCAUAGAGGAGAAGGAGAGUACUUACAGUGAGGAGGAUAAGUCCUCCAGCCAAACUGAGAACCAGUUUUCGGUUUCAGGAACAGACACUGACAGCAGCUCCGAUCAUUCAUCGGUGAUGAAUAAUAAUAAUAAUAAUAAUAUGAGCUUGAAUUCUUCGGAACUAGAGUUGCUCUUCCCUUUGUCUUCUCCUAAUGCAGGUUUUCUUGACAAGGCUGUAUUGCCAGUGGAAUCAUCAAUGGGAGUACAUACUUUGAAGGAAGAGAACAGUGGGAAUUUGAGCUUGGUAGUGAAGAGGAAUUUUACACUUGGAGAACUGAUGAUGCUGAGCAGGAAAUUAAGCUGCAGAAUGAAGCCAACUGAUGUGAAGAAACCAACAAGCAUGCCAAUGCACCAGACGGUCACUUUAAGUUCAUAUUUCUCCUGUCAGCUCAAAUGUAUUUCCAUUUCCAGAAAUCCUGGAGUCUUUGUAUUGGCAAUUGUGACAGAUAAUCAUCAUGAAGACCCUAGCAUGAAGUGA